AUGCCACCUCGGAUACAGAGCCGGAGUGUGUCUAACACCCUUCUUCCCUACCUCACAUCUACCUCCUCUUCCUCUUCCUCAUUACCCUCUACCUCAUCACAAUGCCUCUCCCGUCAGUUCUCUGCCACGGCAGCACCACAAACAAAGCUCCGUCGGCAGAUGUUCGAAUGGCUCAACAAUGAUGGAGCCGCGUUUAAGCAUCACAUUCCUGGAGAGACCAACUAUCUCACUCGCUUAAAACAGCGUGGAGGCAAUGAGGGCUCAGAAAACACCCGUCCGUUCCCUAACAACCAAAAUUUCAUCAGCGAGUCUGUCCUCAGUGAGGAGCUUCGCAAUGAGGUCUAUAAGCGUGUCGUGAAGGACAAGAAGAGUGUCCGCGUUGUCAGCGUGGAACUCGGAAUCGAUAUGAAGCGCAUUGCAGCCGUGGUGAGAUUGGUGGAAUUGGAGAAGAGACAGCGCAAACAGGGCAAACCCUUAGCACUGCCAUAUGCCCGCGCUAUCCACGAGAUGGUGCCGACCACACCCCUCGCCGAACAAGGCGAGCGCCAACAAUUCCACGAACCUAUCAACGACCUUCCCGCCCACCCCUUGACAGGAUCUCAAAUCUUCUACCCCGUUCCCGAGUCCCGUUCCUUCAACCGUGUUGAGGCCGGCCGCGUCUUCUCCGGCGCUCCGGCAAUGGAGCACUCCGAGGCCGCUCAAAUCUCCCACCCCUCCGACCUUGCCGAAAAGAUCAUCCAGGACCCCAAGUCCAUCGGCAUGGUCGGCAAGGGAUCUAACGCCCGUGAGAUCCUGCAACCCGCUGACGUGCGCAUCCCGCACCCUCACUUGGUUGCUCUCGAGCGCGAUCGCCUUGCAAACCCCAAUGAGCGUCUGGCUGUCGCGGAAGUCCACGCUAAACGACUCGAGCGCCAGGAUGCUAUCGAGAAGCAACGCCGCCAGCGCUCCCAGGCUCGCCGUGAGAAGAAGCAGACCACUGUUUCGCCUGAGGACUCGCGCUUCGACUACCGUAUCCAGGAUACUGUCUACACUCCCGAGACCACUGGUGCCGAUGGCCGUGCUCCGUGGGCUACUGGCCGUCGCUACGGUGUCCCUCACCGUGACCGCACACGCGGUGAAGUCAAGAUCCCCACCCGUGUGGAGGCUUGA